AAUCUUUCAAGUAUAAAGGAAAAUUUUAUAAAACUUGUGCUAAUUGCCUUACUUCUAAAACUGAAAAACACAGAAAAUUGGGCAAAGCAAAUACUCAACCCACUAUAGAGACAAUUUUAGCACAAUUCCUUUAUAACUAUAUAGAAAACUUAAUCUCUAAUAUUGAAAAUAAUAGAAUUUCAUUUGAAAUAUAUAUUAAUCUUAAUGAUGAUAUGUUUUCAGAGGUUGAGUUUAAUGAUCUUAAAUCAAUUGCAAGAAUAAUUAUAAAUAAAGUUGAAGAAGGUGAUGAUUAUGUCUGGUCAACUACAACAGCACUAUGUACCUUAGCUCGAUUUAAUAAUGUUGCUAUAUAUUAUUUUGCAUGUUUUCAAUACUAUGAACUAGAAU